AUGCCGCUUCUCUUUCUCUUCUCAAGGUUGUCGCGGAAGCGGAGACCGUGGAGGUGGGAAGAGGAGCGGCAGGGGGCAGAAGGGGUUGGAGAAGUAGAAACGGAUAGAGUCAAGGGAGGGUUGGUGUUGCAAAAUGUAGUCAUCGGUGAACGGGGAUAUUGUUUGGUGGGGGAGAAAGUGGAGGGCGGUGAUAGAGAUGAAAACUUCGAGAUUGAUGGCACCUUGGAUAAAAGUUUAGAUUGGAUAUCUGGAAUGAAAAAUAUUAGACUCAAAGACAUUCCAAGCUUUAUUAGAGUCACUACUUUGGAUGAUAUUAUGUUUGACUUCUUGGGUUCUGAGGCACGAAAUUGUUUGAGAUCAUCUUCAAUCAUCAUUAACACAUUCCAAGACUUGGAUGGAGAAGCCCUUGAUUCCCUCAGGGCCACGAACCCAAAUAUAUAUACCAUUGGUCCACUUGACUUACUUGGUAGGCAUUUUCCUAAGAAAGAAAAGGGUUUCAUGUCAGUUGGGUCAAGUUUAUGGAAAAAUGACUCAAACUGUUUAACAUGGUUAGAUAAAUGGGAACCUAACUCAGUCGUAUAUGUUAAUUAUGGAAGUAUAACAGUAAUGACAAGUCAUCACUUAAAAGAAUUUGCUUGGGGACUGGCAAAUAGCAAACUACCUUUCUUAUGGAUAACAAGACCAGAUGUAGUUAAGGGUGAAUCUGUAGCUCUACCACAAGAUUUCUUUGAUGAGAUCAAGGAUAGGGGAUAUAUAACAAGUUGGUGCAUUCAAGAUCAAGUGCUUUCUCAUCCCUCUGUUGGGGUCUUUCUAACCCAUUGUGGUUGGAAUUCAACACUUGAAAGCAUAUCUUCUGGUGUGCCUAUGAUUUGUUGGCCUUUCUUUGCUGAGCAGCAAACAAAUGCUAGGUACUUAUGCAGAAAUUGGGGGAUAGGAAUGGAAAUUAAUCAUGAUGUGAAGAGAGAAGAGAUAACAAAGCUUGUAACAGAAAUGAUGAAAGGAGAAAAAGGAAUGGAAAUAAGACAAAAAUCCUUAGAGUGGAAGAACAAAGCAAUCAGAGCUACUGAUGUUGGAGGGUCGUCUUACAACAACUUCCAUAAGUUAAUUAAGGACAUUUUUCACAAAGCUAUUUGA